CGUUAACAUGGGCAACCAUGUUACCCUGUGAAACCAUGUUAAAAUCGCUGUGUCAGAUUCAUUGGAAGAGACAUUGAUCAUACAAAGCGGGUUAAUAAUUAUACCAACAUUAUUUUAUGAUGUGUAAAACACCUUUUCUUGGCUCCUUGGCAGUUCACAUUGAACGAAUCUGCUGAAAAUGCAAGUAAAAUUAUUCACGCGCACAUCCCCAGUUAACACGAUCCCCAGUUGAUCCAUAACACCGGAAGCUCUGUUAAGAAUCAACAGAGGAGCUUGACUGAUGGAUUAAAAGUUAGUCGAGCAUUUGAUGUCUCUCUUCUUGAGUUUCUAGUUUGUCCACUGUCCAAAAAAACCUUGAGGUACGAUGAAAAGAGCAUGAACGAAUAAACGAAGAGCUUGGCAUUGCGUAUCCCAUUUUUGAUGGUAUUCCUAGCAUGAUUCCACCAGCUGUACAAUGAUCCAGAAAACCAAAGCAACUGAAAAACCAGUUGAAUCCUGAAGUGAUUUCAUAAACCAAGUUCAUCACCAUUGGUUUUCUGCUGCAAUGUUUUUCUCCCUGUCUACAGUGACUGUUCUUAUUCCACUGAUAUCAUUGUCUGGACUUUUAUACUCCGCAAGCAUGGAUGAAAAUUUCCCCCAAGGCUGCACAAGUACAAACAGUAUAUGUUUUUACAGUCUGCUGUUGCCAGUAACUAUUCCUGUGUAUGUUUUCUUUCACUUGUGGAAGUGGAUGGGAAUCAAGCUGUUUAGACACAAUUAGAUUAUGGUUUUAAAUAGAAAAUGUAAAGUAGAGACACUUCUUCACAUAACAUAGACUAUUUUAAUUUGUCAUCAGUUUUUGUGAACAAUGCUUGCUUGUUAACAAAGUGCACAUUUUUGUGUUUAUGCUUAUUCAGAGUACACUGUAAAAGUGUCAUUUAGAUGUUGAACUAUAAUAGUGAAACUAUGUGAACAAUGUAAAAUGCAGAUAUAUUAAACAAACUGCAAAUAACAAUGCUUUGCGUCUUUGUCCUAAAUGUGCACAAAACUCAACCAAUUGUGUUACAUCAAGAAACUAAUUGUGGACUAUAUAAAUCUGUAACCUUUUAACUUUACAAAUUUGGCCCAGUCACAUUUAAUAUAGCAGUAGCAACAACUGUUCUUACUU